AUAAAAAACAAAGGAUGGUUUUUCUUAUCAGAUCCCUAUUACACAGAAAAACAAAACGACUAUCAGGUGGUUGGGACAUCCUUACGGUGCGGAUCCAAAAACAAGCCUAGCCAUGCACCGACCAGAGAACCUUCGGGUUAUUGCCGAAUGAAAGCGUAAUGUGGGAAGAGAGCCAAGCAGCUGGAAGGCUAGAAGAGAACCAGCGUCGUUUCGAUCGCCAAGCAAGUAGUCGAUAGACUACGGCGGAUAGGCGGAUACGCAUAUCGCUAUAAUCGAAUUAGGAAAACACCCACCACUCAAUUAAAAUGGCGAAAAUUUGUAGACUAACAAUGGAUUCAAUUUGUCUUCAAUUGCUGAUAGGGAUAAGUUUGGUUAUGCCACUAAAAUCACGGAGUUUUGUUUGGAAGGACUGCGGCUGUUAUAAAUCCCUGAACUCCAAUGGCGGAUUGCAUGCACAGUGCCUUGGAAUUGGCGAAAAUUUGGAUUGGGAUUGUUUGGAGCUACACGAGUUGAAUAGUCUGGAUAUUUCACACAACAAUCUCACGGAAAUUCCGGCAGUUCUGUUCUCCUCAAGGUUCAGCAAUCUUACUGAUCUGAAUGUGUCCUACAACAACAUUACAAAGAUUCCCGAUACAGUUACCCUCCGUUUUGAUCGACUGAACAUUGCUCACAAUCAAAUAUCUGAAUUGCCCGCUAUGCCGAAUAAUACGACGACUACCUUAAAGGAUUUUAAUGUUACUUAUAACAAUUUGACAUCCCUUCGUUCUCUGCUAAGUGAGAUUGCAGAUCAUAUUGAAUCGGAGGGCAACCCAUUGAAAUGCGAAUGCAAUAACAACACACUUAUUAACCUCAUAUACGCGCGACUUGGGAAUGGACAACUAAAAGGGGUGAUGUGCACGGAAAAUUGUACCUCCAAAUUUCAAUCAAUCACAAAUGUACCAACUUGUCAAAGACAAAUUAAUGAGGAGUAUAACGAACCAAAUAUUCCGUGGGACAUAACAAUUCUAGUAUCAGCAGUCCUACUCCUGUUUUAUAUCACAUUGUCUUACAAUGCAAUUGAAGGCGAAAAACUCUGUUGUUUGAUGAUCGUUGAUUGGCUUCUUUUUCUCGUGGGUUUUGGUUUUUACGUCACAAAUAGGAUGUAUCUUUAGGGUUGUUCAACCCUAUGUGUGCCUGGGUCGUCCUACGGAAUCGGAACGAUUAUUUAGCACGGCAGGCAAAAUUAAUAUCGGUUAGACGUUGCUCUUUGAAAUCUAGUGUCGUAAACAAACUUUUAUAAACCAAAAUCUUAAAAAUUAUCCCCAAUUCUUGUUU